GAGACGAUGACAUUCCCGUAUAAUAUCGAUUUCGUCGAGGAUCGGCUGAAUGCGCAGCUAAUGCGAGAUUUCCAUGGGGAGCACACUGGAUUCGUGCAGGUCGGCGACAAGCGUUGGUUUUUCCCUUCCGGAUUCAAGAAGCAUGCCGACAGCAUGUACUCCUUCCAGGCACGAUCGGACGACACUUGGGUCGUCACAUAUCCCCGAUCCGGCACGACGUGGACCGCGGAAAUGGUGUGGCUCUUGUGUAACGAUGUUGACUUUGAGCAGGCCAAAAGCGUACCGCUGACGCAGCGGGUUCCCUUCUUUGAAUUCUAUCAAUUCGUGCACGAUGAGGAGAAGGCGAGCCUGUUGAGGGAAAACGAAGGCAAUGAGGAGAGCAUGCGGUUUGUCGAGGAGCUUGCCCGGCCGCCUCCACUGCCGCAGAUGACGACGCCCCGCAUCAUCAAGACCCACUUGCCCAUUUCGUUGCUCCCUCCCAGUGUAUUCGAGAGUAAUGCGAAGAUCAUCUACGUCGCGCGGAAUCCCGCCGAUGUGGUCGUCUCGUGGUAUCAUCUGAACCGUCUCUACCGCACGCAGGGUUAUGUGGGUGAUUUCGAAACAUUUUACGACUAUUUCGAGCGAGAUUUAACCUCCUGGUCGCCCUACUGGAGCCACAUCAAGGAGGGGUGGGAGGUGAAGGGACGGGAAAACGUACUCUUCAUGUUCUACGAGGACAUGAAGCGCAACCUGCCGGACACCAUUCGCAAAACGGCCGCCUUUCUCGAUCGAACCGUCACCGAGGAGCAGAUCGGGGCCAUGUGUGCCCAUCUGGACAUUGCCAACUUCCGCCACAACAAGGCGGUCCAGUGCGAGGAGCUGCGGGUGGUCGGCGUCCUGAACGAUGGCGAGCAGCAGUUUGUCCGCAAGGGUCAGGUAGGGUGCAACGACGAGAUGACGGAAGCGAUCCAGCGCCGGAUCGCCGAGUGGAGCGAGCGCAACCUGAGCGAUACCGAUAUUCGGUUUCCCGAGCACUGA